AUGAUGCCCAGCUGCUGCUCCCUGAGACAGAAGUGGGACCAGCCCAUUCAGCCAGGGAUGAACUCGUCUGCCUCCCCCGCGGCCCCUCUAAACGCCUCCUCCUCUGGCCUGCUGUGGUACCUAUACCCGGUGUGCGCGGCGAGUCCAUACGCCUUCGUCUUCUACUACGGUGCCAAAGUGCUGAACCUGGUGGUGGGAACGCCGUGUAACGUGCUGGUGGUGUGGCACAUCGUGUCCCGCAAGAGUGACUCCUCCACCUCCGACGUCUUCAUCCUGAACCUGGCCAUCCUGGACACGUACUUCUGCCUCAUGACGCCCAUCGACCUGGUGAACCGCCUGGUGAUAGGAAGUGGCCACAUCUGGUACUUCCUGCGCUUCUCCUACGGCGUCAAAGACUCGGCUCCGCUGUUCCUGUCGUGUGCGAGACAACCGUCUGCGUGUGGGGGUGGUGUGUGUGGUGUGUGGGGGCUGGUGCUGGGCUACGGCGUGGCCAAGAGUCUGGUGCAGACCAUACAGGUGCAGUAUGAGCUCUUCAGCGCCAUCAUCCUGCUGGCCUUCUGCAUCAUGCUCUUUUCCAACAUCUCCAUCCUCUGCGUGCUGCGGCGCUCAGUCGCCGGGAAGGUAACUACAAAACACCCUUUUUACACUUAUUCUGCAAAAUGA